GUCUUCUCUCUCUCUCUUUCUCUCUCUUUCUCUCUCUUUAAAAAAUAUUUUGUAAGAAGUCUUCAUUUUCUCUUGUGAAUUUCCUCUCUCUUUCCUCCUCUUAUAAAUCUCUACACAAAACUCGAGUCGCAAUUUUUCUCUCUUGAGAGUGCUCUCUGUACACGCGUUUCUAUAGAGGAACGUAUCUGCGUCUCCUCUUCUAUUCUCUUAAUUCUUCCUGAGGUUUUAUCGGAUAAAAGAUGCCUGCUUGGUGGGGGAAAAAGUCCUCCAGGAACAAGGAAGAGAGGCUGCAAGAUAACCCAAAUGGGAAAAACGAUAUUACCAAGAAGAAAUCCACUAAAGAAAAGCGCAGGAGCCUUGAUGAGGCCGUUUCUACCCGGAAUUCGCCACGUGGGAGCAAAGAUUUCGCGGGUGGGUCUUCCGGGUUUUCGGGUUUCGAGUCGGAUUCGGCUUUGAAGAGAGGGCUUCCACUUCCUACGCCGUCUGGGUCUGGGAGUGAUCAUGGGAUUGUUGGGGUUGGGUUGGGAUCUGGGUCUGCUUCUGGUUCCAUGUCCAGUGUGAGCUCUUCUGGGUCAUCCGGUGAGGAUCAUCCAAUUGCAAACGAUCAUAACAGUAGUCUUUUUGGUGGCUACAGAGGACAUGGUGAUAUAAGGUUCAAUGCGAGGUCAAGGAGCCCUGGUCCAGGAUCAAGAAGUCCAGGUCCUGGGUCUAGAAGCCCUGGUCCUGGAUCUAGAAGUCCGGGUCCUGCAUCAAGGGGGGCCAGCAGGUCUGCAUCACCUCUUCAUCCACUUCUAGGAGGUAUGAAUCUAGAGUCUCCAACAGGAAGGCUGGAAGAUGGGAAGAGCCAAUGUCAUCCACUGCCUCUUCCACCGGGUUCUCCUAACAGCCCUUCCUCUUUUUCACCGAGCACAAGGACUCCUGUUGCAACUGAAAAUGCAACUGUUCCAAUGUCAAAAUGGAAGAAAGGAAAGCUACUAGGAAGGGGAACUUUUGGACAUGUGUACCUUGGAUUUAACAGUGAGAGUGGGCAGAUGUGUGCAAUAAAAGAAGUCAGAGUUGUUUCAGAUGAUCAGACGUCAAAAGAAUGUCUUAAGCAGCUGAACCAGGAAAUAAACUUGCUUAGUCAGCUUUCACAUCCAAACAUCGUCCGAUAUCAUGGAAGUGAACUGAGUGAAGAAACACUUUCAGUUUAUUUAGAGUAUGUCUCUGGUGGCUCCAUUCACAAAUUACUUCAAGAAUAUGGUGCCUUCAAGGAACCUGUCAUUCAAAAUUAUACCAGGCAGAUCCUUUGUGGGCUUGCUUAUUUGCAUGGAAGAAAUACUGUCCACAGGGAUAUCAAAGGGGCCAACAUAUUAGUAGAUCCUAAUGGUGAAAUCAAGCUGGCUGACUUUGGCAUGGCCAAACAUAUUACAUCCUGUUCUUCAAUUCUUUCAUUCAAGGGAAGUCCUUACUGGAUGGCACCUGAGGUGGUAAUGAAUACAAAUGGCUAUAGUCUUGCAGUGGAUAUUUGGAGCUUGGGAUGUACAAUUCUUGAAAUGGCAACAUCAAAACCGCCAUGGAACCAAUAUGAAGGGGUAGCUGCAAUAUUCAAAAUUGGAAACAGCAAAGAUAUGCCUGAUAUACCUGAUCACCUGUCAAAUGAUGCAAAAGGGUUUAUAAAGUUGUGCUUGCAGCGGGAUCCAUCAGCACGUCCUACAGCUUCACAAUUGUUGGACCACCCUUUCAUUAGAGACCAAUCAACAACAAGAAUUGCUAACAUCAACAUAACCAGGGAUGCCUUUCCAUAUACUUUCGAUGGAAGCCGCACACCGCAGCCCGUGUUGGAUCUCCACUCCAACAGAACAAGUUUAACUUCAUCUGAUGGCGAUUAUGCAAUGAAGCAAGUUACCAGAGGAUUGAAGAACACAAGGGACGAUGUAAGAAUGAUCACAUCUUUACCAGUAUCCCCUUGUUCAAGCCCUUUACGACAGCAAGGACCAGGACACAAGAGUUGUUUCCUUUUACCAUCUCACCCAACAUUUGCUUUGGUGGGACAAAGUGGUUACAACUUAAGUGACUACUCAUUGUAUUCAACAAGACCAAACACAACAUAUGCUCAUGAUCUUGGCUUUGAAACAUCGUUUUUCAAAAGCCAAACACCUGGCACAUCUCCAAGAACAAGACCCAUUUGAGACUGUAAAUACCAUCACCAGAUACUUUUCAUACUCUCUUCAAUACCAAAGUUCUCCUCAUGGCUUGAAUUGAAGAAUGAAUGGAGUUGGUGGAUUCUUUUCCCUGCAGAAACUGAGGGGAGAAACUUUGAGCACAUGGGAUAGAUGCUGAAUUGGAUUAAUCUCAUGGAUGAUAUUGUUGUAAAAUGGCCUGUGGGUCAAUUAUGUGUGUAACAUUCAUAGUAAAUUCCAUAAAAAAGAUCAUUGCUUAUACCAACACUUGUAGCUACAUAAUGAAAAAUAUGUGGUUGAGGCUCCUUAUAAACAACAGCAAAGGCAAGGCUGUGUCUGUGUCUGUGUGUGUAAUGCUUCCCAACUAUGUAUGAUGAGAAUAAAAAGAUUGAUCGGAGUCCAA